AUGUCCAACGGCAGCUCCCUCAGUGAGUUCCUCCUCCUGGCAUUUGCCGACACCCGGCAGCUGCAGCUCUUGCACUUCUCGCUCUUCCUGGGCAUCUACCUGGCUGCCCUCCUGGGCAACGGCCUCAUCAUCACAGCUGUAGCCUGUGACCACCACCUCCACACCCCCAUGUAUUUCUUCCUCCUCAACCUCUCCCUCCUUGACCUUGGCUCCAUCUCCACCACUGUCCCCAGAUCCAUGGCCAAUUCCCUAUGGGACACCAGGGCCAUUUCCUACUCAGGAUGUGUUACGCAGAUAUUUUUGAUGGUCUUUUUUGCUUCAGCUGAGUAUUGUCUUCUCACUGUUAUGGGCUAUGACCGCUACAUUGCCAUCUGCAGACCCCUGCACUAUGGGACCCUCAUGGGCACCAGAGCUUGUGUCAAAAUGGCAGUAGCUGCCUGGGCCAGUGGCUUUCUCUAUGCUGUACUUCACACUGCUAACACAUUUUCAAUACCACUCUGCCAAGGCAAUGCCCUGGACCAGUUCUUCUGUGAAAUUCCCCAGAUCCUCAAGCUCUCCUGCUCACAAUCCUACCUCAGGGAAGCUGGGCUUAUUGUGGUUGGUAUUUGUUUAGCCUUUGGGUGUUUCAUUUUCAUUGUGGUGUCCUACGUGCAGAUCUUCACUGCUGUGCUGAGGAUCCCCUCUGAGCAGGGCCGGCACAAAGCCUUUUCCAUGUGCCUCCCACACCUGGCUGUCAUCUCCCUGUUAAUAAGCACCUCAUUUUUUGCCUACCUGAAGCCCCUCUCUGUCUCGUCCCCAGCUCUGGAUCUGGUGGUGGCUGUUCUGUACUCGAUGCUGCCUCCAACAGUGAACCCCCUCAUCUACAGCCUGAGGAACAAGGACCUCAGGGAAGCACUGAAGAAAUUGGUUCAAUUGGUACAAGUUCAGCAGCAAUAA